GUCCGCAUUCACCGUCGAAGAGUUCCAGCCGAGAGUCAAGUUUUGUUUUCGUGUACAAAUAUUUUAGUUGAAUAAACCUUAACAUUUGUAAUCAAUAAAUACAUGUAAUUAAUAAAUACGCUGCGAAACUUUAAACACGCAAAAGCAAAAACAGGAACAAUAAAUUAACAACUUCCGCUUGCGCACCCUCCUCUUGAGAUAACUGGAAUUUUGUUAUAAAUAAAUAAUAGAAAGUAAAAAUGUCGCAACCUGUUGCAUUCCUUACACGCAAAGAAACAUUCAGCGCUUGCCACCGUUUACAUAGCCCGCAACUCAGUGAUGUCGAAAAUGCCGAAGUUUUCGGAAAAUGCAACCAUAUAAACGGACAUGGGCACAAUUACACAGUUGAAGUGACAGUACGUGGACCCGUUGACAUGCGCACAGGAAUGGUAAUGAAUAUCACUGAAUUGAAGACUGCAUUAGAUAAGGUGGUAUUCCAGAAUUUGGAUCACAAAAAUCUAGAUCAAGAUGUGGAUUUCUUCAAAAAAACUCCCAGCACUACAGAAAAUGUCUGCGUUUACAUUUGGGAUAAUGUGCGACAGUGUUUGCAGCGCCCAGAAUUAUUAUAUGAAGUAAAGGUUUAUGAGACUGAUAAAAAUUCAGUAACUUAUCGUGGACCAUACCAUCAGAAUGGCUUCUAUCAAAAUUUACAGAUCAAACGUUCGGCCAAAACUUCUUGCACCAACAUUUCUUCUGAUUCGGACUAAUGCUCAAACGCAACUAUAAUUUGGAAGAAAUUUAUGAAUAUGAAUUUAAUUAAAGUUAGUUAAGAAGGAAAUGUAACCUAUAAACAAUAAACAAUUCCAGUACAUUUUUAUAAGCCUA